AUGAGGUACACUACUCGCCCCCCAUUUUGCGCUGUCCGGUUUGCCUGGCGGUUUACAGUCCACGACGAGGAGAACACAGUCGCUAAUUGUCACAUUCCCAAGAGCACACACAUUCCCUUUUUUCGAGAAUUUUUCGCAUCGCAGCCGAACCAAGAGGACAAUCAAGAUCACGAGAAGAAGGUUAAGGAUGUCGAGAACCGAAUCAAAAGACUGGGAAUCACGACACUAGAGGAACGACAUUUCAGUUAUGCAUUGCAUUCAACCAAGGGCGAUGUCGAUACAGCGAUCAGCUUGUUGCUUUUACUCGAAGACUCAAUCGAAGGCAUCAUCAGAAGCUAUACCCCCAACACAAAACUUCUCGGCGCAGUGAACCGCCAAGGAGUCACUUGCUACCUUGACGCAUUGCUUUUCGCCAUGUUUGCCCACCUUGAUUCCUUCGAAGCCAUUCUGUACAAAUCAUUUAACGACGAACCCCGUCGGAAGCUCGUCAUUCUGCUCCGAUUCUGGGUGAACCUGCUACGGGCAGGAAAGCUCAUCACAACCGAUAUUACAAAGCACAUACAGGAUGCCCUCGCAGAGUGUGGCUGGGAGGAUGCAGCCAACCUCCAUCAGCAAGAUGCUUCAGAGGCUUUCACUUUCAUCACUGAGAAGUUAGAAUUACCGCUUCUUACUCUCAAAAUGGACAUCUACCACACUGGCAAGGAAGAUGCCAGUGAUGACCAUAAGUUCAUCAAUGAACGACUUCUUGAGGUGGCGAUUCCACCAGAGCCUACCGACGGCCAACCCCUUACUCUCGAAGAUUGCCUGGAGGCAUACUUCAACAAUCGUAUUGAAGUAAAGCGCUAUCUCGAGCGUCGGAAUACUCUUCCUUCCACUCGCUCCGUGGAUUCUCUGUCCAUCUCCAAGGGCUUCACCGCACACGUGGAGGAGGUUGACGCGAGAUCAACUAUAUCCCCAGACCACUCAAACUCUCCUCGAACUGAGGGACUGAGCCCAUGGUCCUCUUUUACAGAGUUUAACGAGGCUCUUACUGCACGCCGGCUCGGUCGGCGCGAUAGCAUCGUUCGGGAGCGUUUCAUUCCAGAGUCGGAAGAAAGGCCCGGGAAAACGGACUUGCCUCCGUCGGACCUUCAACAGCGGAAAGGUUCAUACCGGAAGGAGGUGAUGAUGCCAGCAUGGCAAUUCUUUAGUCUAAUACCGUGGUACACCGAUAAUACGCCCACCAGCGAUGCUCAAGUUGCAGCACACUUCUCCUCCAAAAGACCAAUUCUUGGAAUGUGCUUGAAGCGCUACUCAUUCCUCCCGAAUGGAACGGCAACGCGGCUCAAUACGUACAUUGACAUACCCACCGAAAUCGGGUUGCCUCAUUUCAUUCAAGAUGAUAACCUGGAUUCGGACUCACCGAUGUAUGGAAACUUUAAACUUUCUCUGCAGGCGAUGGUCUGCCAUCGUGGCAAUUCUGUUGACUCGGGCCACUACAUCUCCGUCGUCCGGGGCACAAGUCAUGAUGUUGCGCGGUCUGGUUCCAGCACCAACCUCGAUCACCAUCCCGAGACACCAAAGCACUGGAUGCGUUUUGAUGACCUGGCUUCCGAGCGGGUUACUCUCAUCGACAUUGAAACGGCCCUCAAAAAUGAAUCGCCGUAUCUUCUCUUCUACCAAAUCCUUCCCAUGGAUCAAGAUGCCUCCAUGGCCAAUCUCUCAUACAAGGCUCCUUCAUCCCGGGCAUCUGAUGGCACUCUAGACGGAGAUAUGAACGAGAUCUCUCGAAAGCUUUUCGGCCUUGCGGUUGACGACAUGGACGGUAGCACCACUGGAGAUAUUACCUCUGCUCGACCUAGCUUUGAAAUUACUGCACCUGACAAUGGAGACGGCCAAAACGCAGUGAGGCGACCCAGUGUUGCAUUUUCAGAAGGUGCUUUAGGUCCUCUAGGUCCUCAGGCACGAUCAGUACCAUCCAUGUCUCCGCGCUUAGCACCUAUGGAAGAGGAAAGCACCAGAGGCACAUUUGGCUUCUCACGCCGCGGAUCACGUACCAAGAGCAACUCGGGAAGCCGUGCUGGCAGUCAAUCAGGCGACAAUAGAAUGGGAUCGACUUUCUCUCGGUUUACUGGGCGACUGAGCCGCGACAAAUUUACUAGUGAUGGUGAAGGCGAGGCUGACGAGUCUGCCCUGGAGACUGACGAUGUUUCUCCUGAUGAUAUGAAGCUCGGGCCAGCCGCCUACGAAGGCAAAGAGAAAUCGAGGAGAGGUAGAACGAAGGAUCGAGGAAGCAAAGGUAAAUCGAAGGAGAAGUCAAAGGAGAAGGCACGAAAGCCUGAGCGAGAGUGCGCGGUGAUGUGA